CUGAUGAGAACAGCACCUGUGUUUGCAGCAGACUUGGGAAACGGGCUUUUCGCUGCCCUGUCCCGGCUCCGGUCUGUGCAGAGCUGAGGGUUUGGCUCCGGCUCCGGGUCUGGGUGGAACCAGACUGGUCUGACUUUGUGGGCCGGGGCUGCGGCCGCUGCGGCUUUGGCUCAACAACUAACAGAGACAUCUGCUUUCGUGGGGAACGUCCAAAACAAUGACUCCACGUUACACGAGAGCGGAUCCCACGGCACGAAUGUAAAGGAAGGGAACCUUCGUCCUCCGCGCUGGAACCAACGGAGCGGAUUUGGUGAAUGGAGCGUUAGCGGCUGUUGCCGGAGCAGGAAACUCCCACAGGAGGCGUUUCUUGUCCGGGGUCUUGUUUUCUGGAAAGGUGCGUUGAGCGCGUGUCCGGGACCGUCCAGCUGUUGGGAGACGUCGCAGAGCGUCAGCGGCUCCGUCUUUGUUCCGCUCGUCCGGAGUCGCGUUCGAAGCUGUGAUCGUUUUACCUGCAGCUGGACUGUGGCUGGGCGUGUGAGUAAUCAGAUGAGUUGGGACAUGAUGUCAUCGCCCUGUGGCUCCUCGAUGCUGCUGUACUGCCUGCUGCUCGUUCUGCUGGCCCGGUUUCCCCCUGCUCAGUCCGGUUCAGGCACAGAGGACACGGACACAGCUGAUGUAGUAAAAUCCUCUGAAGAUGAAGAAGACGAUGAGUCAUCCUCAGAGGAAAACAAACUAUCUAGUGAAUUGUCAACGAGCAACGAGAAGCUCCAGCCGCUGGCGCCUCAGUGGACGAUGCCAGACAAGAUGAGGAAGGAGUUCUCCGCUCCUGCUGGUAACACUGUCAGGUUCCAGUGCCAAGCGACUGGAACCCCCGUCCCCACUCUGCGCUGGUACCGGAACGGGAAGGAGUUCCGGAGAGACCAGCGACUUGGAGGCCUGAAGAUCAAAGACAACCUGUGGAGCAUAAUAAUGGAGUCCGUGGUUCCGUCCGACUCGGGGAACUACACGUGUGUGGUGGAGAACGAACACGGGAGCCUGUCACACACCUACAGGCUGCAGGUCGCUGUGACCUACCGGGACCUUCCGCUGCUGCGCUCCCCUCUGACCAACCAAACGGCAGUCGUGGGCAGCGACGUGGAGUUCGCGUGCAGAGUGUCCAGCGGCGCGCGGCCGCGCAUCACGUGGUUCAAGCGCAGCGGAGGGGGUGCGCAGGGGCUCGUCCUCAAGGCCACGGAGCAGGACAUGGAGGUUCUGACCCUGAAGACGGUGAGUCUGGAGGACGCCGGCGAGUACAGCUGCGUGGCGGAGAACGCCAUGGGAGCGUCCCGCUACUCCGCCUGGCUCACCGUCAAAGACCCGCCGCCCCCUCAGGCCUACUGGCAGCUCCUCCUGGGCCUCGGCUCCUUCGCCCUCGCCGUCCUGGGGGCCGCGGCGCUCGUCUGCAGACUCUGCCGCCUCCGGAAGGAGCGGAGCGACUUCCGCGGGCCGUUCGCCGUGCAGGAGCUGUCCAAGAGCCUCCCCCUGAAGACACAGGUGUGCGUGGGGUCCUCCAGCUCCCCGCAGCCGGGGACGCGCCUGAUGCGUGAGCCUCGUGUCUCCGUCGCCGCCGCGUCCCACGUGUCACAGUAUGAGCUUCCCUACGAUCCCGUGUGGGAGCUGCCCCGCGACCGGCUGACCCUGGGGAAACCUCUGGGCGAAGGCUGCUUCGGUCAGGUGGUCCUGGCUGAGGCCGUGGGCGUCGACAGGAACAAGCCCACGGCCGUCACGCAGGUGGCCGUGAAGAUGCUCAAAGCCGACGCCGCCGAGAAAGACCUGUCGGACCUGAUUUCGGAGAUGGAGAUGAUGAAGACGAUCGGUAAACACAAGAACAUCAUCAACCUGCUGGGAGCCUGCACUCAGGACGGUCCGCUGUACGUGGUGGUGGAGUACGCCUCCCAGGGGAACCUCAGGGAGUACCUGCGGGCCCGUCGGCCCGCUGGGCUGGACUACUGCAGCAGCCUGAGGCAGCCGCCUCCAGAGGGCGUCAGCGCCAAGCAGCUGGUGUCCGCUGCCUACCAGGUGGCCCGAGGAAUGGCCUACCUGGCCUCAAAGAAGUGUGUCCACAGAGACCUGGCUGCCAGGAACGUGCUGGUCACAGACCAUGACGUGAUGAAGAUAGCGGACUUUGGCCUGGCCCGAGACGUCCACUUCAUGGACUACUACAAGAAGACCACUAACGGUCGACUCCCCGUCAAGUGGAUGGCGCCUGAAGCCUUGUUCGACCGCAUCUCUACGCACCAGAGCGACGUGUGGUCGUUCGGGGUGCUGCUGUGGGAGAUCUUCACCCUGGGGGGCUCUCCGUACCCCGGGGUCCCCGUGGAGGAGCUCUUCAAGCUGCUGAAGGAGGGGCACCGCAUGGAGAAGCCCUCGGCCUGCACCCAGCAGCUCUACCUGAUGAUGAGAGACUGCUGGAAAGCUGUGCCGUCCCAGCGGCCCACGUUCCAACAGCUGGUGGACGAUUUAGACAGGACGCUUUCUCUCAUGGCGAACCAGGAGUACCUGGACUUGGCCGUACCUCUGAUCCAGUACUCUCCAGCCAGCUCGCUGGACUCCCCUUACUCCACAUAGGCGUCGUAGAGCUUCCAUUGCUUCAUCCCUCAUCCUCUUCAUCCUGGAGCUGGGGCUGCUUCUCUACAGCUGGACUGAUCUAGGCCUCAAGAACCAGUGUUAAUGCUGGGACACAGCUGCGUCCGGCCGGUUAGUCGCUGCGAUAAGGUGACCAGCGUUCGUCUCCCGUUAGACUUCUUCCUUUAUAAACUGGAAGUUUCUAUUUUAAACCAAUCAACAAAUUGUACUUUAAUAUUUUUACUUAAGGGGGAAUUGUUGCGUUUUUUAAUUGUGUACAGUCUGAAGGCUUGUAAAGUGCUUUUGUUAUGAAUCUGAGCUAUGUAAAUAAAGUGUAACAGCAAUAAAAGUCUUUUUUGUACCUGA